GCCGCAAAGGUUAUACAACUCUUCGCUCGCUUCCUCCUCCUCGUCAUUCCCACGAAACAUAAACAGUAGAAGGAAGCAAUGCGGUCCUCCAGCAAGCUACGGUGAAGUUAAGAGGUAAAUGAAUGUUAUAAAGGACGAAGUAAAAGAGGGAAGGGGAGAAAAAACGGAGAAAUAUGAGAAAAGAGAAGGAAAUGUAAAGGAAAGAGAGAGAAGUUGUGAUAUUAGUGGAUAAAUGAAUGUUAAGGACGAAGAAAAAGAGUGAAAUGAGAGAAAAAGCGGAGAAACAUUGUAAAAGAGAACCAAAUGCGAUGAAAAGAGAGGAAAAGAACAAAGAAGAGGAGAAAUUGGCUAGUAUAUGAAUGUUAAGGAGUACGAAGAAAAAAAAAAGGGAAAAGGAGAAAAAGGCGACUAAAUAUGAGGAAAGAAAAGGAAAUGUGAAGAAAAGAGGAGAGAAAAAGGAGAGAGUGGGAAGAUUACUGGUUCGGUGCAGUGAGUUACGCGUUUGUUGCACUAAAAGAAGAAAAAAGUUAAAAAUACAAUAACAUAACCCACAAUUUUCUGAAGUUAAUCAUCCAGGAAUUUACGACUGCAAUAACGCCUAUGAGCAGCAUGGACGUGGGGGACUCGCUGCGGUACAGGGAGGCGGUGGCCCGCUUGAAACACCUCCUGUAUGAUGAGCCUGAGGAGCCCGCGUCGCCCCCCCACGCCCCCUACCCCCACUAUUCAGCAGGUGAGGGUGGCGGCGGGGCGUGGCGUUGGUUGCUGGAGUUACUGCGCCACCAGGAGAACCUCAUCGCUCAGCUGGAAAAAGAAAACGAGUUCCUGAAGGGGGAGGUGGUGUCGGUGGGCGAGGGCUUGAGGACACUCGCGCAGGACAACCAGGACCUCCACCGCCGACUAUCCACUACACUCACGCAAGCACUGGAGGAAGGGGGAUCAGAAUCGACCUGCUCCAGCCCGGCUCCGUCACCCAACGCCGCGACAGCCACUCUCAUAAGGCAGAAGGAGAUCUUACAGGCGGAGGUUGCCCGCUUGGAGGACGCGUUGGCAGCGGUGUCGCGGCGGGAGCAGGAAGCCCUUGCCCGCCUUAGCCACGCCCUUGCCCUGGCGGAACACACACACGCCCAGGCUGCACAGGUCCGCGCGAGCAGUGAGUCAGCGGUGGAGAAACUGAGCGGUGAACUGACGGCGGCGCAGCAGGAGGCGGGGCGGCUUCGAGGUCAGCUGGACGAGGAGGAGGCGAGGAGGGUGAGGGAGGCGGCGGGGAGGGAGAGGGAGGCGAGAGACGCGGAGGACAGGAUUGCGAGCCUACAGGCCGAGCGGGAGGAGCUGGAAAAGAGGCUGGCGCGGGUGCGGGAGGAGGCGCGGGAGGGCGGGAGAAAAGUGGUGUUCCUUGAGAGUGACCUGAGAACGGCCGAGGAUGCGAGGAGACGCCUUGAGGACCAGCUUGAGGAACAGAGGAGCCAGACCUUGGACGCCACAGCCAGACUAGACCAGAUCCUCGUGACACGGAGUGACGAGGCGGCAGCGGGGGCGGCAAGGGCAAAGGACCUCGAGGAAAGACUUGACGCUGCGAGGGAGGACACGGCGAGGCUCCUGCAGGCUGUGACGGCGCUAGCGAAGGGUGGAGGGCGGCCCGGAGAGUUGCAUUCGACUGACGAUGUAAAGAGUGAAAGAUUAGCGGCCGGACAGCAGCUUCAGGAGGCCCUUGAGGCACUCCACUCCCGACACGAGGCCGAGGUGGCGGGGGUGGAGAACGCAGCGAGGGACCAGAGCCAGGCCACCGAGGCGCUGAGACAAGAGUUGGCGGCUUUGCGAGAACAGUUAGCGCGAGACAGCGAGACGCACAGAAUCAAGCUGGAGGAGAUGGGCCGUGGGUUGGCUGCCUUGUCCAGUGUGACUUCGCUAAACGCCCCCACCACCACCACCACCACCACUACCACAGCAACCACUACCCCUUCCAUUACCGCUACGUCCUCCACCACCACCCACGACCCUGCUACCAAUCCAGAUGUUUCCUCCACCACUACUGCAGCCACCACCACCACUACUACCACAGCAACCACUACCCCUUCCACUACUGCUACGUCCUCCACCCCUACCCACGACCCUGCUACCAAUCCAGAUGUUUCCUCCACCACCACUGCAGCCACUACAACCACCACUACCACUACGCCCUCAACCACUGCCACCAGUCCACCUGAUUCCACCACCACUACCACCUCCACUACACCACCUGCUCUAUCUACCAUCACCCCCACCACCACUACUACUCCACCAACCUUCACUGUCGUGCCCACCACCGCCACAACUACAACGCCAUCCACCACCACCACCACCACCUCCACCACCUCCCCCGCCACAGCUGACAAUGAGGAACAAGGAGUGAAAACAGAGGAUGAUAAUGAUAAUGGCGAUAAUGAUGAUGAUGAUGAUGAAGAUGAGAGAAAAGAAAAUGACGACAAAGAUGAAGAAAAUGAGAUGAAGGAUAAUAGCGAGAAUAAUAGUGGGGAUAAAGAAGAGGAAAACGAAAGAAGUGAAGGGAAAGAGGAGAAGGAGGAAGAGAAGGAAGAGGAAAACGAUACCCAUGAGAAUAGUGGAAAUGAUAUUGAGGAUAAAGAAGAGGAAAACGAUGGAAGUGAAGGGAAAGAGGAAAAGGAGGAGGAGAAAGAGGAAAAUGAUAUCCCUGAGAAAGAUGGCGAAGUGAAAGAUGCAAAAAGUGACAUAGAUGAAAACCAAGUAAAAAAUGAGGAAAAUAACAGCGGGAAUGAUAUUGGAGAUGAAGAAGAAAAAAACGAAAGAAGUGGAGAGAAAGAAGAAAAGGAGAAGAAAGAGGAAAACGAUAUCCACGUAAAAGAUAGCGAUAUGAAAGAUGCAAAAAGUGACAUAGAUAAAAACGAAGUAGAAACUGAGAAGGAAAACGAGGAAAACACGGAAAGCAACAGUGAACAUGAAAAAGACAAUGAUGAGAACGAAGAAUCGAGUAAUCAAGACAUUAAUACAGAGAACAGUGAUAAAGAUGGGAACACAAAUGAAGAACACGAGAACGGCAUGGAAGAGGAAAGAGGAAGUAAUGAAGAAGAGAAGAAGGAAGAAAAGGCUGCAAAGGGGGAAGACAUAUCACAGGAAGAUCAAAAGGAAGGGGAGAGUUUGACAAAAGAGACAGAUGAAAAUGACGAAAUUAAGCAAGACGAAACGAAGGACAAAGAAAACUCCAUAGGGAAGCAGGAAGGGGAGACGGAAGAUGAACAUUUGGAAGAGAAAGACCAGGAAAGUAAAGAGGAAGGCCAGGAAUGUGAAAGAUGCAGUUCAUACGCUCAGAUCCUGGAAAUCGUGGGGGAGGGUCUGGUGGAGGUACAGCAGGAUGUAGACAAACAGAGCACCCGGCUUGACAGACUGGCUGGGCGGAGCAAGGGGGUUGUGGGCGCCUGUGAGGACUGUCUGAAGUACCGUGUCCUACUGAAGGCGGCCUCGCUAAGACUGGACACGGUGGACCAGUACAGCCACAUGUUGCAUAGCCGGAUCGAGGCGCUGUCCAGAAGGUGGGGACUGUGCCUGUGAGGGAAGUGUUGUGUUCACGGACUUGUUAAUUUGACUCCUGAUGAUUUGUAGUGGCUUUGUUUUGAUUGGUUUGUUGGCUGGUUAGUUGGUGGGGGUGAGGGAUUCACACACACACACACACACACACACACACACACACACACACACACACACACACACACACACACACACACACACACACACACACACACACACACACACACACACACACACACACACACACACACACACACACAUACACACACACGCACACACAACACACACAUUUUCCCAUUCUCAAAGAAGAAAGCAAGUAUUAAAUCUUGCAAACAGAAUCGUAAAACAAUGAGAAUUUAAUCAAUAUAGGUAUCAUUUUUAUUAUUAUUAUUAUUAUUAUUAUUAUUAUUAUUAUUAUUAUUAUUAUUAUUAUUAUUAUUAUUAUUAUUAUUAUUAUUAUUAUUAUUAUUAUUAUUAUUAUUAUUAUUAUUAUUAUUAUUAUUAUUAUUAUUAUUAUUUAUUAGCUAUUAUUAUCAUUAUCCUUCUUCUUAUUAUUAUCAUAUUGUGCAUGUUACAUGUUAUUGAAUAUUUUGUGUCUGUUAAUAAUAAGCUAAAUUUAGUUUUGCAAUGGUUUAGUCACCUAGCUCUAUAUAGAUGAUAAACCCUCUGAGUGAAGUCUACUAGUGCUACAACAACAACAACAACAACAACAACAACAACAACAACAACAACAACAACAACAACAACAACAACAACUACUACUACUACUACUACUACUACUACUACUACUACUACUACUACUACUACUACUGCUACUUCUACCACUAACUAUAACUACUACUUCUACUAAUACUAUUUCCACUAUUUCCCAAUCUUACCCUGCAGAGUGCUGAGUUACUAGCGAGGGUGCGAGUGUCUCAGCAGGAGCAACACAACUUACUGCAGGAGGCGGCGAUGCUGCGGCGCGUGGUGUCAUUAGCAACAAAACCACCACCACCACUUCCACCACCACCACCACCACCACUAU